AUGACUGCUAGAGAUACGGAUAACCUUCAUACCCACCAUAUGAAGUCCCUAUCCAAUCUGACAGUGAUCCUGCAGAAUCAACUGCCUAUCGGAAUACAGGUCGAGAUACGACCGAAGAAGUCCCCCAUGCUCACAGUGAACGAACGAGUAUUUUGGCAACCAGGCCUCCGAGCACAUCCUGCUUUCAGAGCCUCUGUCCUCAAUGGUCUCGAGCCAACACACUCUCCCAUGACUAGAUUGCCGAGGACCUAUAGCGGCAUGGGAAGUCCUGAGUACGUUGGACGGCAGUAUCUCCUGACACAGGACCACGUACCGGAGCAUUUGAGAUUAGCCUAUGACUCGAUAGACACUCCUCUGUCGUCCCAUCUCGCCACUGUCUCUACUGAGCUAUUCCCACACAGGCAACUAGCUCAGCUAUGCGAGGAGUUCGAAACUGUAUGGCACCAUGGUAAGGUGCGUAGAGGGGGCAAGCUGCAGGCCUUCCAAGACAAACAAUCAUCGUCACAACAGAGAGGCCCUUACCCCUAUGUGGAGGAAGCAGGCUUCCCUAUACUGGAUCUCUUCGUGAACGAGGUGCUCUAUACGAAGCAUCGAUUUAAGCAGAGGCAACACCCCAAGUGGAACGUAUGGAAAAAGUUCAAGAGUCGGUGUAGAAGACGUUACUCUGGGAGAGAGGCCGUACUAAACCGCAAGAAGCUCAUUGCAUGGAAGUUCAGAGUACAGAAUAAGAACAAUCAGAUAGUUGCCCAAGCAAAGAGCCAGGCAGCUAAGGGGGAUUGA